AUGGGCUGCAAUCUGUGCACUUUACAGAAGCGAGAGGAACACUACAAGCUGCUGUAUGAGAUUGCACAGGUGAAUGGAAAGGAGUUGUCCAAGUCCAGCCAUGAGGAGACUGUGGAGGCCUUUCGCGCUGCCAAGGACCCCGUCGUGGUGCAGGUCAUCAGGCGGACCCCCAGCGGCCGCCCCCAUGGCCCCCCUCAGGAAAUCCAUGUGGUGGAUGUGUGCACUCAGACCGACAUCACCUUUGAACACAUCAUGGCGCUGGCAAAGCUGCGGCCUUCGACCCCUCCUGUGCCUGACGUCUGUCCCUUCCUGCUCUCUGACAGCUGUCAUUCUCUUCAUACAAUGGAGCAGGAUUACUAUGAAGGGACAGACUACCUCUCCCCUGUUCCAGCUGAUGGAGAGAGGACAGAGGAGUUCGAGUAUGAGGAAGUGGAAUUGUGUCGACUUAACAGCCAAGAGAAGUUGGGCUUAACUCUGUGCUACAGGACAGAUGAAGAGGAGGAUGUGGCCAUCUAUGUCAGUGAGAUCAGUCCAAACAGCAUCGCUGCCAGAGAUGGACGCAUCCGAGAGGGGGAUCGCAUUUUGCAGAUUAAUGGCCAAGAUGUACAAGACCGAGAAGAAGCAAUGGCUGCCCUCUCCAACGACGAGAGUAGGAACAUUGUCCUGCUGGUUGCCAGACCUGAGCUGCAGCUGGAGGAGGCCUGGCUCGAUGAUGAGCACAGUGAGUUCCUGGAGCAGCUGAAGAUGGAAAUGUUGGAGGAGCAGCAGAGAGAGGAGAUGGAAUUAGCUGCCUUGCAGGAGGAGCAGGAGAAUGAACAGGUCAGACAGCAAUCAGAAGAUGAUAAGCCCACCUGCUCCACACUCCCUCAUCAUAAGGACAGUGUACUGACUAUAAAAGACAGAAUGGAAAGCUCAGAGCAUAACGUCCUGGCACACAUCCAGAGACGUCUGUCCCAGUGCCUGAGAGACAGUCGGGACACACGCUGUACCACUGGCUCCACGCGGCUAGAGGACAAAGAGGAUGAGGACGAUGAUGAGACGGAGGGUGACCGUUUCCAGCAGCUCUUGGAGCUGAAGUGUCAAAUUCGUAACAGCGGCGAGUACGACCUGUUCUACAGCCGCCGCAGCACCAUUGAGUGCAGCAUGGGGGAGCAGGGAGGCGUACAGCAUGAGCUGCGUAUGCUCAACGAGGAGCUGCGCAGCAUCGAGCUUGAAUGUCAGAACAUCAUGCAGGCCCACAAGCUUCGUAAGGGCCAGCAGUCUCCCUCAACGGGCCGCUCUGCACCCUCCACCAAAAACCAAAGCCUCCACCGUGGCGAGCCCACAAGGGGUAAGCUGGCAGACAUUAAUGAGAGGCUGGAGAAAUCGGACAAGGACAGCUCCAGUGCCUAUAACACAGCAGAGAGUUCACGCAGUACCCCUCUGGCAAUGGACCGCUCCCCGGAGCACUCACUCCAGAGAAUGGUCAGUCUCACCAACCAGAGGAACCUCUGCAGCAGUCUUGCCACUGGUCACUCUCUUAGCCUGAGCCCCAUCCCAGCAUGCCGUGCUCCAGUCCCGGGCAAGAGCAGCAGCCCUGACCACAGCAAUCCUUCUGAGUCGGACCAGACACCUCAGGCUGAGGACGAGAGCAGAGGGACAUUAAAGACACAUGCUUGCCAGAUUCCUUAUUUCUCUCCAUCCCACAGUUCCCAGCAAAGGCAGGCCAACAUCCCAGCUCAUGCCCGCCACUACCAGAGCUACAUGCAGCUGAUCCAGCAGCGCUCAGCUGUGGAGUAUGCUCAGAGCCAGCUCAGCCUGCUAAGUGUGUGCAAAGAGCCUCAGAGGCCCAUUAUUGAGCCCAAGAUGGAGUGGAAGGUCAAGAUCCGCAGCGACGGCACCCGCUACAUCACUAAGAGGCCUGUGAGAGACAAGAUCCUGAGGGAGCGAGCCCUAAAGAUUAAAGAAGAGCGUAGUGGGGGAAUGACCACAGAUGACGAUGCAAUGAGUGAAAUGAAGAUGGGAAGGUACUGGAGUAAAGAGGAAAGGAAACAGCACCUGGUCAGGGCAAAAGAACAGAGAAAAAGACGAGAGUUCAUGCAGCGUAGUCGUCUGGAAAGCUUGAGGGAGAAUCCUCAAAGCAGCAGCGAGGGUCGCAAGGAAGUCAGCAUUAUAGAGCUCAGCCACAAGAAGAUGAUGAAGAAACGCAACAAGAAGAUCCUGGACAACUGGAUGACCAUCCAGGAGCUGAUGACUCAUGGAACUAAGGCCCCUGAGGGAGCCAAGGUGAACAAUGCCUUCCUAUCAGUCACUACUGUAUAAAAAAAAACAAAAAACAAAAAAAAACACACACACAUUCUACCCCAUGCGGUAUAAUAUACUUGCCUCGUUCAAUGUGGCGUUUUUAUGAGGACAAUAGGAAUAUUUUUCACACUUUGUAACCCAAAAAGCAUUUUGUAAAGAAUUUAUCAGUGGUGUCAUGGCAUUUUCUUCAUGUUUUCCCAGUAUUGUUUUUCACAUCACUCUGCGGGAAAAACUUUUUUCUAUGAAAUUAUGACUAUAUAAUUAUUUUGUUACUUCGCACUAAACAUGUUUAUCUUUUCAAGCUUUUCAAGUCUAUUUUCAUAUUUAUGUUGUAAUCACAUUACUCAAGAUAGUUGUAUGAACAUCUUAAGAAAAGUUAAGUAUUUUUGGUUUGUGUAUUAUGUACGCUUGGCUAUUGCAAAACAUAAUGAAUCCAGUGGUCAGAUCUAUUUAUGCUUUAAAAUUGAAAUCAGUAAGUCUCAGUGUCAGGCUAUCAGUGCCCAGACAUGGCCAGUUUGUCCAACUAGUCAAACCACACAGAUAUCACAAAGUUAUGAUAGCUUCAGUCAUAAUACUGUAUCACUUACAACUGGAAGAAUGUGUUUAAUCCCUAAAUCCUACUGAAUUUGA